AUGAACGUUGUUACCGACCCUUGCGUUAAUUGCGGAUAUCCGAGGUGUUCAAGGUGCCGAGUGGAGAGACUACACGUUCGACAGCACUUACACCACGACACUACCUACGAACAACACAGCCAUCACAACCAUACCUAA